UCAGUUAGCCGACGAUUGUUGAACCCGACAGACGUGCGCGCAGCUCGAUCGAUCGAUCGUCGAGCUUUACCCGUUUUUCCCACUGUGUUUUUUCGACAAUUUCGCGUGCAAAGCGUGAUCAUUAUUGCUCAAAAAUUGCUUUUGUGUUUUGUCCAAGUGUGACGCAGUUUUUAGCAAAGGUUCUGUGGAACUGCGAACGAGAUCAGCAUAUAAUAAAAAAAACCCUUGUGAGUGAAAAGAAAGUGCCUGCGAAACGGAGUUGAUUUAGAGUUGUGUACUAAUCGAAAGGUGCCGCUGCGAAGUGAACGAUCUUGUGAGAGUGAAAUUAAAUCAAAACACAAAAAGUGAAGUUCAACAGCAGAGCGUUGUUUAAGAACCUGUAAUUGAAAACGCACUUGAAUACACACACCCAUACAGAAAUCAUAAAUUAAUCAAAGCAUUGUUACAACACAACAACGAUUUUCGGACUCGGAUUCUCUUCAUUUUUUAUUCGAGCGGAGAGUAAAUAAAGUCAAGAAAACAAGAGGAAGAGGAAGAGCGGUAGGGAGCCAACAACAAAAUGUGCCGCUGCUGUCAAAACUGCUGGGAAGAUUUCUACUGGAAUUGCUUCGAGGAGCGUUUCUGCUACGACGAAUCCAUCGCCAACUACAAUCCCGAGGAGGACGAGGACUACUUGGCGUCCAGGAAAAAUGGCCAGAUCAUUGGACGCAUACAACCGACAUCGGUGGAUAAUAAUAAUUCGCUGACGGUGCCCCAACCGAUUUGCGAUCAGCCGCAAAUGAGGCAGGGCAACUCGAGCUUGGGCCUGAGCCUAAUGAGCGCCAAGAUCCACGAGGAGGACUAUCGUCGGGAGACACAGAUCAAUGUGCCCAACCUGGGACCGGAGAUACUGGCGGUUUUUGCCAAUUCGCAAAUCUUCCAGGACCAUCAGCCCACCAAGCUGAACCGGAUCAGCACCAAGACCUAUCUGGCCGGAAUCCAUUCGCCGAAUCGCGAAAUGCCGACAACUCCGCGGCUCAGCGAUCAGGAUCGAUUGCUGCGACGUCUGGAAGGAGAUGCCACUGAUGCGAGAACAGGAUCGACCGAGAAGCGAAUCACCUUCACCCUGGCUCCCAGUUCGGCCGAAUGCUCGCCGUCGGGUAGCCAAACGACACUUACUCCCAAAAAGUUCGAGGCCAUUGCCGAGGAGGAGAAGGAGGACGACAAGGCCGAUGAGGAGGAGGAGAUCAUGGAGGAGGUGGUGCUGCGACCUCGCCUCAUCGACCGGCAUCCUCAUCUGCUGGCCAACCCCAGUGGACUGACGACCACGCCCAAACGGAUCCUGCGAUCCGCCAAGAGCGUUCCGCACAUGAAUGUCCGUUCGUCGGCCAGUGAGACGGAUAUAUUCUCCAUUAGCGGUACGAUGACCGGAAGCAGUCAGAUCAGCAUGACGCCGGAGGUGCCAUCGAUAUCGUUCAGUAAUCUGCCUAAGAACUACGAGGACACGCCCACUAUUGAGAAGUACCGGGUAUCGCAGAGUCUCUAUUCCAUUCAAACGGCGAAUGCUGCUCGGGCCACACAGGAUGAUUACUCCAUGCCGCGCUACUUCCGUCGAUCUGCCAUGCUAUUGACCCAGAGCUCUGAGGUGCUGCCCGGCGCCAGUUCACUGGCCUCCAUGUCGCCAUCGAUGGCCUCGUCCUCUGCCUCGCCCGGGUCCUCCAAGGACGAACUGCGACGGCCAGAGAAGGAGAAGAGCAAACGACUCCAGAUGCUGCGUGGCAAUCUACCGCCCUUACUUAUUCAUUCCGUGUCCUUCAAACGAAAUCGCGACGAGGGCAAGCAGGUUGACUAGUCGCACUGCAGAUAUACAUAUUUAUUUGUUAAUCACUUUGUCCAUGUUUUUAAUGUUUUAAAUUUAUUAGCCUUUAGUACCUGCUUAUGCGUUUUCUGUAUUAUCUUCUAAGCAAUGACCUUGUCCAAACAAUUCCUCAGUAUUCAGAUGUACUUCAUUUUGAAUUAAUGAUUGAUAUUACAAAAUAAAUUGUAUUUUACCAC